CCAAUCAAAAGGAGAGUUGGGUUUGGAGGGGCGGAGAAACGAGCAUGUGCACCUGAGAGACAUGAGAGACUGCACACACACCUCCAGAGACCCUCGCUUGAUACAGAAAUCGCUAGGCCAACAGAGCCCAACAUCAAAGCACUUCCUUGUACGUGACGUCUUGAGGACCACCUGACCUCAGUUCACUUCAGAAAAAGACUUUGGUCCCAACCUGAAAGAGAGCACAGACUGCAGAUCCAGAGAGUAAUGGCCACAGAUGCAGUGAACGAGCUCCGCCAGCAGUGCCUCAACAGGGGCUCCGCGGGGAUCAAGGGUCUCGGGAGGACGUUCCGCAUUAUGGACGAUGAUGGCAGUAAAUCUCUGGACUUCCAGGAGUUUCAGAAGGGGCUGGAGAACUACGGCGUGUCCGUGGGGAAGGACAAAGCACAAAUGAUCUUUUCCCUGAUGGACAAGGAUGGAAGCGGCACCCUCAACUUUGAUGAGUUUCUGGAGAAACUAAGGCCGCCCAUGUCGAGUGCGCGGAGGCAGGUGAUCGGUCAGGCUUUCCAGAAGCUUGAUAAGACAGGCGACGGUGUUGUGACUGUAGAAGAUCUGCAGGGGGUUUACAACAGCAAACAUCACCCCAAAUUCAAGAGCGGAGAGUGGACAGAAGAACAAGUCUUCCGCUCGUUCCUCGACAGCUUCGACUCUCCGUACGACAAGGAUGGAAAGGUGACGCUGGAGGAGUUUGUGAACUACUACAGUGGGGUCAGCGCCUCUAUUGACAGCGACGAGUAUUUCAUCACCAUGAUGAAGAACGCAUGGAAGCUGUAGUCAUCAUCAUCGCUCGCCAAUCAAACGCAUUCGAUUUGUCAUUAGAAAUAACAUUGAAAUAGUGCAGAUUGUAAACUAUUUACAUGUAGAAAUCAUGUCUAAUUAAAGGUUUUUGACUACUA